CCGAGAGUCCACAAUUUUGGUCACGACCUGCUGAUUGGUGACGUAUCCGAUACUUUGGUCGCAAAAAUUAGGAAGCAUGGCAGGAUCAUUCGUGGUGGGUUUGGGGGCAGGCGUUGUAAUCCUUCUCGUCGUUUGGACGGUCGUUCUCAUCGCGUGGGUUCAGCUCUCGGCGCAUCAGGCAGGUCUCCGCUCCCUGAUCACGGGCCUCUCGAUCCUCAUCACUCUCGUCCUCCUCCUCAUCCCCACGGCCAAGGAGGGAGGUCUCGAGAGGAGAGACGCCGUCACCAAGAACCCCGACCUCCUCGCCCCCAUCGACGCUUUCCAGGUUUACGACUACAUGUUCAUCUGGAAGGGGAUUUUGAUGGCUUUCAUGAGCAUUGGGAUCAUUGUGGCGUUUGGCGUUUAUGUCAAGGAAUUCUGGGCGGCCAAGGUCCAUGGGUCGCUGCCAGUUCCAACCAAGAAGAUCAUAUCUGACUUCCAAUAGUAGUGCAAAUAUCAUCCGGUUCAAUAUUUUUAUAAGACUUUUUAUAUGCAUAUGCAAAUUAAGGUGAGUCUCAAUUAUUUAUCGUAAACAUGUACAAAAAUAUUUUUAUUGUUAAUUACUUUACUAUAAUAAACACCAUAUUAUAAACAAGUCCCUCCACAUGUCCCAUAAUUAAUCAGGUCCUAAUUGGAUUGCACCAUAGAAUAGCAAAAAUUCCUUCCAUUCAGAUUUCAUCGAGUACUCAAGUGCGGAAGUUAAGCGAGAGAGAGAGAGAGGACAGUAAGCAGAAGAAAUCGAAUAAUAAUCAUAAUACGAGAGCAAGGAUAAUUUCAUCACAAAAA